UAGCGUUCCUGUGUGGACGAGUGUAUAGUGGUGCAUGUGUUCGCAACAAUGUUUACUCAGCUCGUGGCAGCAACUAUUGUGAUCCUCGCUAUUCCAGUUAUUCCUCUCAUUACUGGGGAGGAUGUGGUUGAGACAGAGCCUAUUGUGGAGCAGAGCAAGAACAUGACCAUCAGGAUGGGCAAAGACACGACCAUACAAUGUCGCAUCACUUCUCCUCACCUUACCAUCACCUCCUGCGUGUGGCUGUGGGAGUUUGCCCAGAGAGAUCGCACACCUACUGUGGUCGCCAACUUUCCUGGUCACGGUGCCAACUCCGCAGACUGCUCUAUCAACCUGGUCAAGGUGUCCAUGAUCCAGACUGGUUGGUGGACCUGCCGAGCUCAGACUUCCAAUUCUACCAUUUUACACUCUGAACCUAUCUUCCUUCAGAUAUUUGAAGGACCUGAAAUCAAAUUUGAGGUGAAACCAGUGAACAGAACAUUCUCCCUGGGAGGACCAGCGGUGUUAGACUGCAAGACUACCAUUCCAGUGAAGACAUGUGCCUGGAGCUUCCAGCAGACAGGGCAGACAGAGCCUAUAGUAUUGACCGAGAAACCUCCGAAGAACGAGAAGGAAUGUUCUCUGACCCUUGACAAUGUCGGUUACGAGCAGGGUGGAGCGUGGCGUUGUGGAGCGAGAACUGACGACGGUGACUCAUACACCUACACUGAGACUGCUUACAUCCAGGUGGAGCACAAAGAAGAGGCGUUCCCGGUGGAGUUCACAGAGGAACCCGCAGACACCGAGAUGAUGGUUGGCUCCAGUGGAAGGCUGCACUGUAAGGUCCGAGAGGAGGCACAUAUAGAAGACUGUCGCUGGUACUGGACCCCAGUGGGACGCAACCCCGCCUGGACAGUCCUCAUGAGAGAGUUCCUCCCUGUCAACAACGACUGCUCUGUAGAGUUUGCGAAUGUCACCGCAGAUCCGGAGGGCCUGUGGUCCUGUCACGUCAAACCCAUUCACUCGACCAAGUUCAAGAGCUCCAAGGCUGCUAAGCUCACUGUUAGAGGAGAGAUGGAUGUGUCCCAACUCACCAGGGAGAUGUUGGUGGCAGAAGGAGAGCCUCUGGUACUGAGCUGCAGAGCUGAGGAAGCAGUCAAGACUUGCCGAUGGAUGAAGAAGCCGAUGUUUGAGACGGAGUUGAGCCAUUGGUCAGUCGUGGACACCUUCCCCUCCAACAUCAAUGACACUCGAGACUGUUCUCUGCACAUCCCUCAUGCUAGAGCUGAUCACCAGGGACUGUGGCUCUGCGGUGUUCGACUGCAGGAUGACCAACCCUUCAAGGACGCCAUGCCUGCAGUGCUCACAGUCAAGCCACCUAAAACGAUGGUGUUUGCGGAAGUUUCCCGUAAUCAGCUGGCUGCGGAGGACAAGUCCGUGACUCUCAACUGCUCCACUCUCUCGUCCGUGCGAGAGUGCCUCUGGAUGUGGUACGAGGAUGAGUCCAAGGUGGCCGAGCGAGUGAUGAAGUUCAACUUCAAGACAAGUCCUGACAAAGACAGAGACUGCAGCACCAUCGUACUCAACGUAACACGAAGUAUGCAAGGAGUCUGGCAGUGCGGGGUCAAGUACGGCAACGAGACUAAGCCUGAAGUCACCUUCGGGCGGCCUUUUAGCCUGACAGUCGUCAAAACUGGACCUAUUGUGUUCCGACACAUAUCAAACUACACACAUGUGGUGGCUGGAGGCCGAGGUCAAUUGGAGUGUAUUACCAAGGAGCCGGUAGAAGAGUGUAAGUGGUUCCAUCAACAGAACAGUACAAACCCGCUCGAGGAGAAGCACAGCUUUCAGCCAACCAACUUCAACAACUGCAGUAUGGCUGUGGACCAAUUUACUCCAGAAGGGAUCUGGAUUUGUGCAGCCAGAAACCCUGGGGAGAGAAACUUUACCAUGGCAACUCCCUCCAGCCUUACUUUUGUCAACCAAGGAAAUGUUUCUACCAGAAGCCUCAUUACUCCAGACAACUUGUUGGUCCUCCAAUGUGAGAUUGCAAAGCCUCUCCCUGGGAUGGCAUGUGACUGGAUCCAUCCCUCAACAUACAAUGUAAUGGAGUUUAUAGAAACAGGGAAGUACACGUUAGAACACAAUACUGACUCUAGUGUAUGCUCUGUCAGCUUCGUCCCCAUCCUCGUAGACAUCGGCCUCUGGAAGUGUGUCUUCUCAGUCAACCACCACGUGUUGGGUGAAGGCUCCUUUACAGUCCUCAGUUCACCACAGAAUGUGCGUUUGAGCUGGAUUGUGGGUGUGUUGGCAACAGUGACACUGAUGUUGACAGUGAUGCUGUUUAUGGUGAUCACCUGCCGAGCCUACCACUGUGGUAAAAACAAGAAGGCGAGCGUGAAACUCAAUAAAAAUGCAUGUGAGCGAGAGCCCAACAAAGGCUUAAGUCGAUACUCAGAGGAUCCCACUUCAGGGAUUAACUUCAGUUUCACUGAGAACCCAGAGCUCCUGGUUGACUUCUCUAUUCCUGCACCUCCAGACAACCACCAUUACGAACAUGUGGGCCGCUACAUGCCCCAGAGACCCAAUCUGUACCAAAAUGUUGAUUAGUUUGACAAGUUAUCUUUUUAUCACGUGUCAUUUAGCUUUAGUGUUGUAGUGUUGUAAGAGUUAUUGUUUUACUUUUGUAUAAUACGAACCUCCGGUUUAUUUUGUUUAUACUUGACAGAAUAAAGACUUAACUUUU